AUGCCCUUGCACCCCCGGUAUGAGCAGCACCAACAUCACCGGCACCAGCACUACCACCAGCAGCAACACCACCAGCACCACAACCAGCAGCAGCAGCAGCAGCAGCAGCAGCAGCAGGAGCAUCACGCGCCGCAGCAGCACCAGCCGCAGGCGCAGCAGCAGCCCGCGGCAGCCACGUCGCGCUCCAUGGACCCAAAGGAGUUCUUCACAGACUAUGGGGAAGCCAAUCGAUACACGAUCAAGGAGGUGAUUGGCAAGGGCAGCUACGGCGUGGUGUGCAGCGCGGUGGACAACUAUACCGGAGAGAAGAUCUGCACCAGCCGGCGCGGCGGGGGCAGCAGCUUGAGGGAGCGGCGGCCGCCGGGGCGGCCGCUGGGCGACGGUGGAGGCGGGGCCUCGGCCGCCGCCAGGCGGGUCGCGAUCAAGAAGAUCAACAACGUGUUUGAGCAUGUGUCUGACGCCACGCGCAUUCUGCGGGAGAUCAAGCUGCUGCGGCUGCUGAAGCACCCGGACAUUGUGGAGAUCAAGCACAUCAUGCUGCCCCCCAGCCCGCGCGACUUCAAGGACAUCUACGUGGUGUUUGAGCUCAUGGAGACGGACCUGCACCAGGUCAUCAAGGCCAACGACGACCUGACGCCGGAGCACCACCAGUUCUUCUUAUACCAGAUGCUGCGGGGCCUGAAGUACAUCCACUCUGCCAAGGUGUUCCACCGGGACCUCAAGCCCAAGAACAUCCUGGCCAACAGCGACUGCAAGCUCAAGAUCUGCGACUUUGGCCUCGCGCGCCCCGCGUUCAACGACAUGCCCACCACCGUGUUCUGGACCGACUACGUCGCAACACGAUGGUACAGGGCGCCUGAGCUGUGCGGCAGCUUCUUUGCCAAGUACUCCCCAUCAAUAGACACCUGGUCCAUCGGCUGCAUCUUCGCAGAGGUGCUGACGGGCAAGCCGCUGUUCCCGGGGCGCAACGUGGUGCACCAGCUGGAGCUCAUCACCGACCUCCUGGGCACUCCCUCCCCCGAAAUAAUAGCCAAGGUCCGGAAUGAGAAGGCGCGGCACUUUCUGGUCAACAUGCGCAAGAAGGCCGGCGUGCCCUUUGAGGAGCGCUUCCCCCGCGCCGACCCCAGGGCGCGCGCCCUGCUGAGGCGCCUGCUGGCCUUCGACCCUGCGGACAGGCCCAGCGCGGAGGAGGCCCUGGCGGACCCCUACUUUUCAAACCUGCACUCGCCGGCGCGCGAGCCCAGCGCCGCGGCCAUCAGCAAGCUGGCGUUCGAAUUCGAACGGCGCAAGCUGGCGAUUGACGAGGUGCGGGAGCUGAUCUACAGGGAGAUCCUUGAGUACCACCCGCAGGUGCUGCAGGACUACAUGACUGGCGGUCGCCUGCCCUCCUUUGUCUACCCGUCUGCCGUUGACAACUUCAAGCGCCAGUUCAUGUACCUCGAGGGGCAGCACCACCAGCAGCAGCAGGGGCAGCAGCAGCAGGUUCAGCAGCAACAGCAGCAGCAGCAGCAGCAGCAGCCGGCCCACGCGGCCGGCGAUGGCAGGGAGCCCGGUGUUGCGGGCGCCGGCGGCGUCAGGCAGGCCGUGGCGACGUCUGGGCGGCCAAUCAUGGCGGCCACGUCGCUGCCGCGCGAGCGCGCGUUUGAGUUCCAGGCAGAGGCAGCCAAGUACUCGCACCUGCUGCCCGCCAACGCGGCGGCGGCGGCGGCGGCAGCGGCAGCGGCGGCGGCAGCGGCCCAGCAGCAGCAGCAGCUGCACCAGCUGCAGCAGCAACAGCAGCAGCAGCAGCACGGCGCGGUGGCUGUCUCCAGCUACCAGGUCCAGGCGACCUCCGCCAGCUGCGCCGCGCAGCAGCUACUGCUACUGCAGCAGCAGCAGCAGCAGAUGGCGGCGGCGGCGGCCGGCGACCUCGCGCACGGCCGGGUGGGGGGCCAGCAGGCGGCGGAGGCGCUGGGCAGCUGCGUGCGCAGCAUGACGAUGAUGGACCACUGCGGUCAGCCCGUGCAGCUGCCGUUUGCCCCGGGGGCGCCGCUCUUCCAGGUCAACCCCAUCCUCAGGAGCAGCAGCUACCAGCCAGCUGCCAUGCAGCGCUGA